AAUCAAAUGGAUCAAGAACGACGCCGCCGCGAACCACCACCGGCCGCCGGCGAGGAGCGCCAGCAACUUCUAAUCCUACGACCCCCACAGCUCUUCAUAGUAUACGAGCAAGAAUUCUCCGAUAGCUUCAACCUUCUGAAAGCCUAUGAAUCCCCACUCCCGACCGACAUCUUCUUGCAUAAAUACGCCCAGUCCACAAGGGUCGUUUUCUGCUCCGGCCUCAGCCCAAUUACCAACGACAUCCUCCACCACCUCCCGUCGCUCCAGCUAGUCGCCGCGGCCUCAACCGGAGUCAACCAUAUUGACCUGGCAGCCUGCCGCCGCCGGGGAAUUGCGGUCACAAAUACAGCCGAUGUGUUCUCAGAGGACACGGCGGAUUACGCCGUCGGGAUCUUGAUUGGUCUGAUAAGGAAGAUCAGCGGUGGCGAUUCCUUCGUCCGCCGCCGGCUCUGGCCGCUCGCCGGAGAAUAUCCCUUCGGCUUCACGCUCAAAAACAAAAGGGUUGGAAUUGUGGGAUUGGGCAACAUCGGAUCAAAAGUAGCGAAAAGGCUCGAAUCGUUGGGGUGCAAAAUCUCCUACAAUUCAAGAACCAAAAACCCGUCGGCGUCUCACAAUUUCUACCCGACAGCCUGCGAACUGGCGUCCCAUUCCGACAUCCUGGUCAUCUGCUGUACCCUGACGGAUGACUCACGCCACAUAAUAAACGACGACGUAAUGGCCGCCCUGGGUGAGAAUGGAUUCAUUGUGAACAUCGCAAGGGGUCCGGUCGUCGACGAGAGAGCACUGGUGAAGCGCUUGCUGGAAGGUACUAUCGCCGGCGCCGGACUGGACGUGUUCGAGAAUGAGCCGGCCGUCCCGCAGGAGCUCCUCCGCCUGGAUAACGUCGUCCUGUCGCCGCACCGGGCAGGCUUCACAAGAGAAGCGUUUGCAGUUGGAUUCAGAAUGGUGAUGGAUAACUUGAACGCCUUCUUCUCCGGCGAACCCUUGAUUUCUCCGAUCAUUAAUUUAAAGCGUUAAUUUUUGUCUCUUUUGUAAGUUUAAAUAAAAAUUAGGAUCAUGUAACAUUAAGGAAUAAUAAUAUUUAAUUGAA